AUGUAUGAACCUGACAGUGGUUUGAUCACAGUUGAUGGGAUUCCAAUACAAAAUGUUGAUCAUGAGUAUUACCAUGAACGGGUAGCGCUAGUAGCGCAAGAGCCAAUAUUGUACAAUGGAACUGUUCGAGAAAAUAUUCUCUAUGGUUGCGAUUGGGCUACUGAAGAAGAAAUGUUGGAGGCAUCAAAGCUCGCAAAUGCACACGAUUUUGUGAUGGAAUUGGAAAAGGCUUACGACACCCCGUGUGGUGAGAAGGGAGUGCAGAUGUCUGGUAAGUUUUUAUCAGCGAGAUUAGUGCGUCCUAGAACUAUGAGGACUACGACCUGUUAUGGCAUCUUCAGAAAAUAACU